AAUGUGUCUGUCAAUUAGUGAUAAGGUGAGGGCAUGGAGGGGCAGGCUAUAUUUCCCUGCAUGUGUGCAAGUGCAGCAUUUGGCAGCACAGUUGAGGAGCACGCACAAUGAAGGAAAGCAACAGAAUUGAACCUAAGAACGGGAAGGGAGUGUGCAACCAGGCGUUUGAAAUAGAGGAAGGCUGCAUAGGAGAUCCUGGCAGCAGCAAAAAGCAAGAGGAACAGUCUAGAAAAGGACUGGGCUCAUAUUUAAGCCAAAUUUCCAAGCCGAUUUACGCCACCGAGGAUUACCUGAAAGCUCACUCCAAAACCUUCAAGCACGCAGUCUUGGGCAUACUCGGAGCAGGGUAUGUGGCAUAUUUCAUCACCGCCUGUGUUUUGGAUUUCCAGAGGGCCACAGCGCUGGUGGUCCUCACCUGCCUGGCAGUUACGUCCAAGUCCUACGACCUGGUGAAAAAGUACAAGGGGGAGAGUAUCAGUCGUUGUUUCGAACCUGCGCUGGAAUGCUUCACAUCUAAUUUAAGGUGGAUUAAAUGGGUCUUCAUCGUCAUUGUGGCGAUUCUGCUCAUACUGUGGUUGACGCUAGACACCAUAAAACGCCCUGAACAGCUUAUUUCCUUUGGCGGCGUGUGCAUGUUCAUCCUGCUCCUGUUCACCUGCUCAGCACACAGGACAGCGGUGACAUGGAGGCCAGUGUUUUGGGGUCUGGGCAUGCAGUUCUGCAUUGGACUUUUCGUCAUCAGGACACAACCUGGACUCAUCGCUUUCCAGUGGCUCGGACGACAAGUGCAGAUCUUCCUGGACUACACCAAAGAAGGCUCCUCGUUUGUUUUCGGAGAAUUGAUCGGAAGCAUCUUUGCCUUUCAGGCUCUGCCAAUCGUUGUGUUCUUCAGCAGCGUGAUGUCGGUGCUUUACUUUCUGGGCAUCAUGCAAUGGCUCAUUGUAAAGAUCUCCUGGGUUAUGCAGAUAACAAUGGGAACCUCUCCCACAGAGACCUUGAGCAUAGCAGGCAAUAUAUUUGUCGGCCAGACAGAAGCGCCUCUGCUCAUUCGGCCCUACUUAAAGAAUAUGACCAAGUCUGAGAUCCAUGCUGUCAUGACGGGAGGAUUUGCCACAAUUGCCGGCAGCGUCAUGGGCGCUUUCAUCUCAUUUGGGAUCGAUGCGUCCUCCUUGAUAUCAGCCUCAGUUAUGGCUGCUCCAUGUGCGUUGGCCAUGUCCAAGCUGUCUUACCCAGAGACAGAAGAGAGCCCCUUCAAGUCAGAGAAGAAUGUUGAAGUAUCUUGUGGAGAUGAGCAGAACAUCCUUGAGGCGGCCAGCAGUGGAGCUUCAGCAUCCAUAGGCCUGGUGGCCAACAUCGCAGCAAACAUCAUCGCCUUUCUCGCCAUCCUGGGCUUCAUUAACGAGGCUCUGAGAUGGCUGGGAGCGAUGGUGGGCUAUCCUGAUGUCACCUUUCAGUUAUUCUGCUCAUACAUCUUCAUGCCCGUGGCCUUCAUGAUGGGAAUCCCGUACGAGGAGAGCUUCACCGUAGCCGAGCUGAUCGGCACCAAGCUUUUCCUCAAUGAGUUUGUGGCCUACGGGAAGUUAUCCACGUUGAAGAGCAACAGACUCAAGGGGCUGGAUGCAGUUAUUGACGGGCAGAGACAAUGGCUUUCAGUGCGAUCAGAAAUAAUCACCACUUACGCUCUGUGUGGCUUUGCUAACUUCAGCUCCCUUGGCAUCAUGAUUGGCGGCCUGUCCUCUAUAUGCCCAUCUAGAAGAGGUGAUGUCUCAACUUUGGUGCUGCGUUCAAUGAUCACAGCCACUUGCGUGUCGCUUGUCAAUGCUUGCAUUGCAGGGAUUCUCUUUGUCCCUCCACUGGACUGUGUGAAUCUCUUCAGUGAGUCGGCCUUUAAUGGCACAGAAGCUAACUUGCAAACCUGCUGCAACGACCUCUUCGCCAGCACCAUCAACAACGGGACAUUCUCAUUCAAAGGCUCGUGGAGCACGGUCGCAAACGCCACCUUGUUUUUGUCCAAGUGCUGUCAGUGCUGUGACCUUUCUCAAGACGCACUUUGUAUGUAGAGGAAGUAAACGCUCUCUCACCUUUUCCCUAUAGUUCAGUUGCACUUACCAUACACGUAUGUCACAUGUAUUCAUGUAGAUUAGGCUGCCGAAAGACCUUUUUUACUGGAGAACUACAGUGGGUCUGGAGGACUUUUUACCUGAUUCCUGUGAGAAUCCUGCGUGUGACUGAAACAUUAAAGAUUGGGGGUCGAUAAAUUUAUCCAGGACUAUCUGCAGUGUGCUCUAACAACCACCAGGUAGCACCUGUGAGUAGGUAAUACCAGAACGUGUGUAGAGAGAGUAUGGCCUACUCGGUUUCAAAGUUGGUAGCAAACAUGGCGCCCUGUAGUCAUGUGAGGGACUUUUGACCAAUUAGAAAAAUGAGUGGUCAAAAGCCCCUCACGUGAGUACAGGGCGCCAUGUUUGCCACCUACUUUCGACCCGUGUUGGCCACACCCUCUCUGUACAUGGCUCUGGAUAAUAUCAAUCAAUCAAUCAAUCAAUCAAUGUUUAUUUAUAUAGUCCUAAAUCACAAGCCACAACAACAUCCUCGGUACAGGGCCCACAUAAGGGCAAGGAAAAACUCACCCCAGUGGGACGUCGAUGUGAAUGACUAUGACAAACCUUGGAGAGGACCGCAUAUGACCCUCGGCAGGGUCCUUGAGGGUGCAUGGGAGUUUGCCCAACCAGUCUACAUGUGCUUUGUGGACUUGGAGAAGGCAUUCGACCGUGUCCCUCGGGAAGUCCUGUGGGGAGUGCUCAGAGAGUAUGGGGUUUCGGACUGUCUGAUUGUGGCGGUCCGCUCCCUGUAUGAUCAGUGUCAGAGCUUGGUUCGCAUUGCCGGCAGUAAGUCGGACACGUUUCCGGUGAGGGUUGGACUCCGCCAAGGCUGCCCUUUGUCACCGAUUCUGUUCAUAACUUUUAUGGACAGAAUUUCUAGGCGCA